AUGGACCCCGUCAACAUCAAGCACCUCGAAGCCAUGGGGCUUUUGCCCCCUGAAUAUAAGGCACCAGCUCUCCCUGUCCCAGUCCGACGACCGGUUGGACGACAGGUCCUGAAAAGGGUUGUCUCUCUCAGGGGCUGUGACCUAAAUUGGUCACUUGACUGGUGGCAAUAUGCCGCCAUGAAGCAAGAGAACAUGGGGGCCGCUGAACGGGCCCAGUUUAAACGUGGGCGGCGUCAGCAUAAGCUGAUGCAGCGAUGGCAGAACUCGCUGGCCAGACGAUACAAGAAAAGGGUUCGCCAGUGGGAUCCUACGGCCCCUGACCCUAUCAAGAAAAUGGAGGCACACCUCAAGUGGGUGCCUAGGUUUUUGGCUAAAGAGGCCAUCAGCCCUGAGGACCGGGCCCUUAGGCAUGGGAAAAUAGCCAAUAUGGCUGAAGAAGUGGCCAUCUGGCCCAUAGAGCAAGCAGAGAAACACAGCCGUCUUCUGACGAAGUGGCCGUGGGGAUAUAAAGAUCUUUACCAGCGACGCCGACAUGAACGAUACGCCCGGCUAGCACGUAACGCCGCUACCAAUUAG